GCGGGGUCAGCCCCCAGGGGCGCGGCUGGCGUGGGCAGGGUGGUUCCCGAAGGCUGCUGCACCCUCGGCGUUGGACGGAGCGGGGUGUCUGCAGCCCCCAGCACCGGGCGAGUUUGGCGCCUCAGGCUUCCGGCUUCCGAGCGCAGUGCAUGGCAGCACCAUGGGGUCGCGCAAUUUGGAGCUGAUUUUUGACCGCGUGGGACACUUUGGCAGAUACCAGAUAUUUAUCUAUUUUACAUGUGCCUUCCAGAACAUCUCCUGUGGUAUCCACUACUUGGCGUCUGUGUUUAUGACCGUGUUCCCUAAGCAUACCUGCAGACCCCCAGGCAAUGUGAGUCGGAUUCUUUUCCACAAUAUCUCUUUGUGGAGGUUGAACGAUGUCUGGACCCUGUUUCCCACAGGCCAUGAAGAUUACAUUGUAGCACAGCUACAGGACGGUGAGGUGUGGGAGCUCACAAGAUGUUACAGGUUCAGGAGGGAUAACAACUCGAAUUUGAACUAUGUUUAUAAUGGCCAUAAGAGUGGCUUUCCUUGCUUGGAUGGCUUCAUCUAUGACAAGAGCAAAUGGGAUAACACCGUGGUGACUCAGUGGGAUCUGGUCUGUAACCGAGAAUGGUUUGCAAAGCUGAUCCAGCCCACAUUUAUGCUUGGAGUAUUGCUGGGAGCGCUGGCUUUUGGCUACCUUUCUGACAGGGUAGGAAGACGACCGGUCCUGUGGUCCACAAGCAUUGGCAUGCACUUGUUUGGCAUAGCAGCAGCAUUCACAUUUGAUUAUUACAGCUUCAUGCUCGCACGCUUUCUUCUUGCUAUUGUUGCAAGUGGCUAUCUUGUGGUGGUGUUUGUCUAUGUGACAGAAUUUAUCGGCAUGAAGGCUCGGACGUGGGCAUCCAUCCAAAUACAUUCCUUUUUUGCGAUUGGAACAAUGGUGGUGGCUUUGACGGGCUACCUGGCCAGGACCUGGUGGAUCUAUCAGAUAAUCCUCUCCACAGUGACUCUCCCCUUUGUCUUGUGCUGCUGGAUGGUACCAGAGACACCUUUUUGGCUUCUCUCAGAGGGAAGAUAUGAAGAAGCACAAGUAGUAGUUGAUAAGAUGGCCAAGUGGAAUAGGGCUAGCCCCUGUAAGCUGUCAGAAAUUUUAUCACUGGACCUGUACAGUGCUGUUGGUGAUAAGCCUUCUGAAGUUAAGAAGUCCAACCUAGUAGAUCUGUUUUAUGACUGGAAUAUUGGAACAAGGACACUUAUUGUGUGGCUGGUUUGGUUCACGGGGUGUUUGGGAUUCUAUUGCUUCUCUUUGAAUUCUGUUAAUUUAGGAGGCAAUGAAUAUUUAAACCUCUUUCUCAUGGGUGCGGUGGAAAUUCCUGCCUAUAUCUUCGUAUGCUUGGGGAUGGACAUUGUGGGGAGACGAAAUGUUCUGAUGUUCUCCCUUAUCUCAGGUGCACUUUUCUGUGGUGUGAUUAUGGUAAUCCCCAAGGAUUACUACAUUUGGAGUGUGGUGACGACUAUGGCUGGAAAAUUUGCCAUUGGGGCAGCAUUUGGCCUCAUUUACCUUUAUACUGCAGAGCUGUAUCCAACCAUGAUAAGGACGCAGGCUGUGGGAAGCGGCAACAUGGUGUGCCGUGUGGGAAGCAUCAUAGCUCCAUUCUGCAUUUACCUCUCCAGCGUUUGGAUCUUCAUGCCCCAGUUGCUCACUGGGAUUUUGGCCUUUGUGAGUGGACUGCUAACACUAAAGCUUCCAGAAACCCUUGGGACGCCUCUGGCAACUACCUGGAAGGAGGCCACCGAACUGGAUGCGGAAAAAGAUAGCAGUUCAGGCAGAUUGUUUUCCACAACCAGGAAUACUGACGUUGGAGAGAAUGGAAGUGAUUAGUCCAGGGGAUUCUGGCCUUAGUGUGCCUUGUGUGCUGUUUGGCACCUGAAAUAUUGUUUACUUUAAUGCCAUUGUAUUAGCGAAACAUUAUUCUCAUCUCCCACGUAUCAUUUACGUCUUUUCAAAAAAAAUCUUGUAAGAAAGC